AUGGCAACUAACUGGUUAUUUACAGAAUUAAAGCUGAGAAUCCCAGUGAUUCAAGCACCUAUGGCAGGUGUCAGCUCAAGUUCGAUGGUAGUUGCUGCUAGUAAAGCAGGAAUUUUGGGGUCUCUGGGAGGUGGAAUGAUGCAACCAGAAGUUUUAAGAAAAGAGAUUGAAGCUAUUCGCAAUCAGACAGACCGGCCAUUCAAUAUCAAUCUAUUUGUAAUAGACAACUAUGAACAAGGGUUUGACGUGCGUACCAAAGACAUCCAGUGGCUGAAAGAUUAUUAUAAGCAAGAAGGCGUUGAGUUCAAUCUUCCAAAAUCAUUUGCACCUAAAUUCCAAGAUCAAUUUGAGACCUUGCUCGAAUUGGCACCCCCUGUUGCAAGUUUUGCCUUUGGAAUUUUGUCUGCCGAACAAGUCGAUGCAUGCCAUGAGCGUGGCAUCAGAGUAAUUGGUACAGCUACUAGUGGUGAAGAAGCCGUUGCUUGGGAAAAAGUUGGUGCUGAUGCGAUUUGCGCUCAAGGAACCGAGGCUGGUGGUCACAGAGGUAACUUUAUUAAUCUCGAUGAUCCUGGCCUGGGUCUAUUCGCCUUAAUUCCAGAGAUUAAACGGCAAGUAAAAAUUCCCGUGAUUGCUGCUGGCGGAAUCAUGAGCGGCCAAGGUAUAGUGGCAUCCCGUUUGCUAGGUGCAGAUGUGGCCCAGCUAGGGACCUACUUUUUAGCCUCGACAGAAGCAGGAAUACCCUCUGGUUAUCUCAAAUCAUUGGCUGGUCAGAAGUCUGGCUCAAACACAUCGCUUACGAAAGGCUUCAGUGGGAGAUAUGCAAGAGGAAUUGUCAACAAAUUUAUGAAUACUAGUAAAGAGCACUCUAUUUACCCAUAUCCUAUCCAAAAUGCGCUAACUCAACCUUUACGGAAAGCUACACUGGCUAAAGGUGACGCUGAGAGUUACUCACUAUGGUCGGGCCAAGGUCUAUACCAGGUCAAAGAGGGCGAAUCUAUUUCAGACCUUGUCGAUAGCCUCGAAAGGGAGAUAUCACAGACUAAACUGCCAUAA